CCUCAACCAAGCUCUUUUCCUUUCUGGGUAUUUUGUAGACUUACCAGAAUGAGCUACAUAUCUGGAACACUGAGAAUAGGGUAUUGGACAUUGUUGGUCACUGGUUUUGUCUAUUUCCUUUUUGAACUAAGGGUCAUGACUGGCUUGAUGAUGGCUUCAAGGGUUCUCAAUGAAAACUUUUUUUUUGAUAGAAAAAUUGUAGGUAACACUUUACCACCAUGUGAGUUCCCAGCAAUUUAUAAUUUUGGGGACUCAAAUUCGGACACUGGUGGCUUAUCUGCUGCAUUUGAGCCUCUUCCGCCACCGUAUGGUGAAGCCUUCUUUCACAAAACAUCCGGUUCUGGUAGACAGUCUGAUGGCCGCCUCAUCAUAGACUUCAUAGCUGAGAGGUUGAAAUUGCCAUAUUUGAGUGCCUACUUGAACUCGAUUGGGGCAAAUUAUAGGCAUGGAGCCAAUUUUGCUGUAGGAGGAUCAACCAUUAGGAGGCAGAAUGAGACUAUAUUUGAUUAUGGGAUUAGUCCUUUCUCUCUUGAUAUGCAGAUUGCACAAUUUAUCCAAUUCAAGUCAAAGACUGAAAAUCUCUACAAUGAGGUGAAGAAUACCCCAGAGGCUGAUAAACUUCCCAAACCUGAGGAAUUUACUAAGGCUAUUUACACUUUUGAUAUUGGCCAAAAUGAUCUUUCCGUUGGGUUUAGAAAGAUGAGCUUUGAUCAGCUUGGAGCAUCGUUGCCAGACAUCAUUAACCAGUUGGCUUCAGCAGUCCAAAAUAUAUAUCAACAAGGAGGGAGGGUCUUUUGGAUACACAACACAGGCCCCAUUGGUUGCUUGCCAAUGAAUUUUUUCUAUGUCUCGAAUCCACCUCCUGGUUAUCUUGAUGAAAAUGGGUGUGUCAAGGCACAAAAUGACAUGGCUGGAGAGUUUAACAGCAAGCUUAAGGAUAGAAUUCUUAAGCUAAGGGCAGAGCUUCCUGAAUCUUCAAUUACAUAUGUGGAUGUGUAUUCUGCGAAGUAUGGACUUAUCAGCAAUGCAAAGAAUCUUGGAUUGGCUGAUCCACUGAAGACCUGCUGUGGUUAUCAUGUGAAAUUUGACCAUAUUUGGUGUGGGUUUAAGGGAAUCGUUAACAAUACUGAAGUCUAUGGUGUCUCCUGCGAAGACCCUUCAAUCUUUAUCAGCUGGGAUAGUGUGCACUACACCCAGUUUGCAAAUCAAUGGGUUGCUGAUCAUACACAGAAUGGUUCGUUGGCCGACCCUCCACUUCCAAUUACUCAUGCUUGUUAUCCGCACUGGCUGAUUCAGAGAUUUUUCAAAAUGAGAUCCAUGUAAUAUGUAUUAAAAUUUACACUUCUUGAUCAAAGACUUAGGAAUACUGAAAUAUUUCUUGAGGCUGGAAGUUGCAAGAUCACAAGAAGGGAUUUACAUUUCUCAAAGAAAAUAUGCGUUGAAAUUUUUAUCAGAUA